UUCAAUCUUUUAGAGAGAGAGCCUACGAUAAAGCUUCUAGCUUUAGAGAGAGAAUCCAACCACGCCGGAAAUUUAACCGCCACCGAAAUCUUUCUUCACCGGCCAAGAUGAUAGCUUACCUGGAGUGUUUCGUCCAAGAAAACGACACCGAAUCCCAGCCCUACGACGUCGUCUCCGGCCUCGGCGGCGCUCUCGACCUCGAAGGCACCAUCGACUGCGGCGACGGCGCCAAACAAGCCGCCAAGGACUUCGGCGGAAUGAACUCCCUCGCUCCCCUCGCCUUCGUCCGCCCCGCCGGCACCGGCGACGUGGCAAGCGUGGUGAGAGUAGCGGCGAAUCUGAAUCUGACGGCGGCGGCGCGCGGCAACGGGCACUCCAUCAACGGGCAGGCCAUGGCGGUUCGAGGGCUGGUCCUGGACAUGCCGGCCAUGGAGGACCAUUUCCGAGUGGUGAGGACGAGCAAUGACUCCGGCUACGCUGACGUGUCGGGAGGGGCAUUAUGGGAAGAUGUGUUGAAACGGUGCGUUCGGGACUACCGGAUGGCGCCGAGGUCGUGGACCGACUACCUCAGCUUAACCGUGGGCGGCACUUUAUCCAACGCUGGCGUCAGCGGUCAGGCUUUCCGUUACGGCCCGCAGACCUCGAACGUAACGGAAUUGGAGGUGGUUACGGGGAAAGGCGAAACUUUCGUCUGCUCCAAAGCAGAAAACUCGGAGCUCUUCUUUUCGGUUCUUGGCGGGCUGGGCCAGUUCGGCAUCAUCACCAGAGCUAGAGUCUUGCUCCAGCAAGCCCCGGACAUGGUGAGAUGGAUAAGGCUGGUAUACACCGAGUUCGAUGCCUUCACUCGCGACGCAGAGUCGCUCGUCACUCGCUGCCACGAGAGUAGUGACGACGACUCCUUCGACUACGUGGAAGGCUUUGCGUUUAUGAACAGCGAUAACCCGGCGGACGGGUUGCCCUCGGUUCCUCUACACCCGGACCAGAUAUUCGACCCGACCCGACUUCCUGAGGAAGCUGGAUCAGUCCUCUACUGUCUCGAACUGGCUCGUCACUACCGGAACUCUGACCACCCCUCAAUUGUUGAUAUGGGCGUGACAAGGCUGCUCGACGGCCUAGCAUUCGUGGAGGGAUUGGAGUUCCAAGUGGACCUGGGAUACGAGGAGUUUCUAUUGCGUGUGAAGCAGGCAGAGGAGCACGCCAAGGCCAGCGGCAUUUGGGACUCUCCUCACCCCUGGCUAAACCUAUUCGUGUCGAAAUCAGACAUAGCCGAUUUCGAUCGUGUGGUCUUUAAGAAGAUCCUCAAGGACGGAAUUGGUGGGCCCAUGCUGGUUUACCCACUGCUGCGUAGCAAGUGGGAUGCUCGUACGUCUGUGGUGUUACCGGAUAGUGAGAUCUUCUACAUAGUGGCGUUGCUGCGGUUCACUCCGGCGUACCCGAAAGGCCCCUCUUUUGAAAGCCUGGUGGCUCAAAACCAGGAGAUUGUACAGUACUGCACAAAGAAGGGUUUCGACUUCAAGUUGUAUCUCCCGCACUACCGAUCGCAGGAGGAAUGGAAGCGGCAUUUCGGGAAUCAGUGGAGCAGAUUUGUCGAGCGAAAAACUUGUUUUGAUCCGACGGCUAUCCUCUCUCCUGGACAGAAAAUUUUCCCGAGAAUUAUUCCUAAACCCUAGCUAGCUAUAUAACAUAUAGUCACUGUCAUUUCAGGUUUAUUCGGUGUAAUUUUCUCCUCUUUUGUAUUAUGCUGGUGGGGCAGUUUGUUGUUGUCAAUCGAACAUUUCGACAAAGAAGCUAGCUGUUGGCAGCAAAUUAAUGUAAAGGAACUAGUGUGAGCAAAAAGAUAUCGAUCUUUUCUAUUA